AGUUUUUACGUGAACUUUGUUAAUUUUUAAUGCAAUCUGCAUAGCUUGCUUAAAACAUACUUUGUUCUUAUUAAAUCCAGUGCUAAAAUAAAUUAUUACUUGAGUUAAGUGACUUAUUUUUGGUACUGUUUAGUGCAUUCACUGCAUUGGAAUGCAGCUGUCUGUGUGCGCCUAGUUGGCCCAGCUGGCAACUCUACUUGCACUAACUGAAAUCGUCUGCAAGACAUUUUUUUUUGGUGUUCCACGGAAAAAGUGUUAAAAACAGCGUAUUUAAUUGUGGAGUAAAGUUGUGCCCAAAAGUAGUCACACGAUAAUGUCGUGUGCAACAAACUUAGCAACGGCAAAAGAUUCGACAAAUGCCGCCAGUGCCAGUGGCUCAUCGUCGGCCACCUCAGUGGGUGUGGUAGUCAGCGGAGGUAACACUGUGACUGCUGGUGGUGGAAACGGGGGCAACGGCAACAGCGGGGGUGGGGCAAACGCUGCUGCUAACUCGGCUGCGGCAGUCGCCCGACGCUUCUCCAUGGAAGGAGUUGGUGCGCGUGUAAUUCGUGGUCCGGACUGGAAGUGGAACAAGCAGGAUGGCGGUGAGGGACACGUGGGCACCGUGCGCAACUUUGAAUCCGCCGAGGAGGUGGUCGUUGUCUGGGACAAUGGCACCGCUGCCAAUUAUCGCUGUGCCGGCGCCUAUGAUCUGCGCAUUCUGGACAGUGCACCCACUGGCGUCAAGCAUGAGGGCACCAUGUGCGACACAUGCCGCCAGCAGCCGAUCUUUGGCAUACGCUGGAAGUGUGCCGAGUGCAUCAAUUACGACCUGUGCUCCAUUUGCUAUCAUGGGGACAAGCAUCACUUGCGUCAUCGCUUCUACAGGAUUAGCACGCCCGGCGGUGAACGUGCCAUGGUCGAGCCGCGUCGCAAGUCCAAGAAGGUACUUGCCCGCGGCAUAUUUCCGGGUGCACGCGUUGUGCGCGGCGUCGACUGGCAGUGGGAGGAUCAGGAUGGCGGCGUCGGACGUCGCGGCAAGGUCAAUGAGAUUCAGGACUGGUCAUCGGCAUCGCCGCGCUCAGCGGCCUACGUUAUCUGGGACAAUGGUUCGAAGAACUUGUAUCGCGUCGGCUUCGAGGGCAUGGCCGAUCUGAAGGUGGUGAACGAUGCCAAGGGCAGCAAUGUGUAUCGCGACCAUUUGCCGCUGCUGGGCGAGAAUGGGCCGGGCAAGGGGCCGCAUGGCUUUCAAAUUGGCGACAAGGUCACCGUCGAUCUGGAUCUGGAGAUUGUCCAAUCGCUGCAGCAUGGCCAUGGUGGCUGGACAGACGGCAUGUUCGAGUGUCUCAGCAAUGCUGGCAUGGUCGUUGGCAUAGAUGAGGAUCAUGAUAUUGUUGUUGCCUACAAUUCGGGUAAUCGCUGGACCUUUAAUCCAGCCGUACUCACCAAGGUGUCGUCGCCGACGACAGCACCGCCCGAUUUCCAAGUGGGCGACAUUGUCAAGAUCUGUUCGGAUGUGGAGAGCAUCAAAAUGUUGCAGCGUGGUCACGGCGAAUGGGCAGAUGCCAUGCAGCUGACACUGGGCAAAAUUGGACGCGUUCAGCAGGUGUAUCAUGACAACGAUCUGAAGGUCGAGGUGGGCAACACCUCGUGGACCUACAAUCCGCUUGCCGUGUGCAAGGUGGUCUCCAAUAGCGGUGCACCCGCUGGCGUUGCCGUCGCAGCCGAUGGAAACUGUGCGCCCGUCAUACCCAGCGGCGAGCGUCUCUCGGCCAUCCUCAAGAAACUGUUCGAACCCAAUGUGUCGGGUGAUGCAACCGAGGAGUUUGUCAAGGCCGCUGCCAAUGGAUUUGCGGCCCGUUGCGAGGAGUAUUUGGCUGGCGCCGCACAGCCCUCGACAUCAAGUGCGGCGGCUGCUGCAGCUGCAGUCAGUCCCAGCGGUGUUCCCGUGCCGGAGGUGAAUGUGAAUGGUGUCUUUGCUGGUCAUACGGCACUGCAGGCGGCCAGCCAGAAUGGUCACAUUGAGGUCAUUCAAGUGCUCUUGCGUCAUUCCGUCGAUGUGGAGAUCGAGGACAAGGAUGGCGAUCGUGCUGUGCAUCAUGCAGCCUUUGGCGAUGAGGCCGCUGUCAUUGAGAUACUGGCCAAGGCUGGUGCGGAUUUGAAUGCGCGCAACAAACGUCGCCAGACAUCGCUGCACAUUGCCGUCAACAAGGGUCAUCUGAAUGUGGUCAAAACGCUGCUCACCCUGGGCUGCCAUCCCAGUCUGCAGGACUCCGAGGGCGACACGCCGUUACACGAUGCCAUAUCUAAAGAACACGAUGAGAUGUUGUCGCUGCUGCUGGACUUUGGAGCCGACAUAACACUGAAUAACAACAAUGGCUUCAAUGCACUGCAUCAUGCCGCACUGAAGGGCAAUCCGAGCGCCAUGAAGAUACUGUUAACGAAAACAAAUCGACCCUGGAUUGUCGAGGAGAAAAAGGACGAUGGUUAUACCGCUUUGCAUUUGGCGGCACUCAACAAUCAUGUGGAAAUUGCCGAAUUGCUCGUCCACAUGGGCAAGGCCAAUAUGGACAGACAGAAUGUGAAUCUGCAGACGGCGCUGCAUUUGGCUGUGGAGCGUCAGCAUGUGCAGAUUGUUAAUCUGCUUGUGCAGGACGGUGCCGAUUUGAAUAUAGCCGAUAAGGAUGGCGAUACGCCGCUGCAUGAGGCACUGCGUCAUCAUACGCUGUCGCAGCUCAAGCAACUGCAGGAUGUCGAGGGUUUUGGCAAACUACUGAUGGGUCUGCGCAAUGCCAACAACAAGAAGGCAUCCGCAUCGAUUGCCUGCUUUCUGGCAGCAAAUGGCGCCGACUUAACGCUGAAGAAUCGCAAGUUGCAAACACCGUUGGAUCUGUGCCCCGAUCCGAAUCUCUGCAAGACACUGCUCAAGUGCUACAACGAACGCAAAACAGAUGAUCCCGAACUGCCGGGCAAUGUGGCCGGCACCAGUCUCAAUGCACGUGCCCGUGCCCAGAGCGCAGCGGCAGCUGGAACUGCAGCUGGUAUGCAUCAGUCGGCGACGGCAAAUAUACCGCUGAAUACUGUUGCCUCGGGCAGUGCCUUCGGGCUGAAUGGAAUCAAUGCGGACAUGGCGCAGUCUCUGCACGUGGAGAGCAGCAGUUGUGCCAAAAAUAGCAGCAGCAGCAGCAACGCUGGCGGCGGUGGCGGGAACAACAACAAACCAGCCAGCUUGGAGGAGUGUCUCGUCUGCUCAGAUGCCAAGCGCGACACGGUGUUCAAGCCGUGCGGCCAUGUCUGCUGCUGUGAGACGUGUGCGCCGCGCGUCAAGAAGUGCCUCAUCUGCCGCGAGACGGUCUCGUCGCGUGAGAAAAUCGACGAGUGUCUCGUAUGCUCGGAUACGCGAGCCGCCGUCUUCUUCCGCCCCUGCGGCCACAUGGUGGCCUGCGAGCAUUGCAGUGCGCUGAUGAAAAAGUGCGUUCUCUGCCGCACCCAAAUCGAUGAGAUGUUAUCCUUUAGCCUCUGCUGCGGUGGCAUGGGCACUGCCGAAAAGGUCAGCGUCGCUGGCACAGUCUGUCUGACGGCGCCCGACGAGAAGUUCAUGGAGCCGUCCUGUGUCAACACUUCAGGCCAUAGUGUGGCGAUGAACAACACGGUCGUCACUCCUGUGGCUGGUAGCAGCAAUCAGUUGAACAGCCAGAAUAAUCUAUUAGCCGCUGCGGCAGCUGCAAAUGCCACAAUUUUGCCAGCAACGGGCAUGGUUGCACCUUCGAAUGUCAACAAUUUUCAAAUGGACGAUGUGCAGAAGCUGAAGCAACAGCUGCAGGACAUCAAGGAGCAGACCAUGUGUCCCGUUUGCUUUGAUCGCAUCAAGAAUAUGGUAUUCCUGUGCGGACAUGGCACGUGCCAGAUGUGCGGCGACCAGAUCGAGGGCUGUCCCAUUUGCCGCAAGACGGUGGAGAAGCGCAUUCUACUCUUCUAAGGCACAACAAGCAUACAUAAGAUAUAUAUCCAUAUAUCCAUGAAUUGGCACAUAUUCCGCGCACAGUCUGCAAGCACAUUUGCAUGCGAAUUGGCCUUAAUUUAAGUAUUAUUUAGAGCGAAUAUU